UGCAAGCUGGGACUGCGUGUCUUACAAGGAUUCGACGUUCUUUUGUUCAAUGGAUUAAAUAUCGUCUGAACAGUUAUGAACUGCGUGUUCGACGCUUUAGUGCAAGCUGGGACUGCGUGUCUCCAGUUACGAACUGCGUGUUCGACACUUUAGUGCAAGCUGGGACUGCGUGUCUUACAAGGAUCCGACGUUUCUUUGUUCAAUGGAUUAAAUAUUGUCUGAACAGUUAUGAACUGCGUGUUCGACGCUUUAGUGCAAGCUGGGACUGCGUGUCUCCAGUUACGAACUGCAUGUUCGACGCUUUAGUGCAAGCUGGGACUGCGUGUCUUACAAGGAUGAUAUUUGAAUCCGACGUUUCUUUUGUUCUUUAUUUGUUAUUGAGUGCUGUUUCAUUUCUAACCAUGUAUUUUGUUGACAAGAAAUGGACCGCAACGGUAAAGAACUUGAAACAAGAUUGUGAACUUACAACCGGCAGUGGCGCGACAUACGACGAUAUUCGUAUAACUUCAGGAAAGCGUUGUCGAGAUGUGAAUGAUAAAGAGGCUAUCACAAAAAAGGAAAAUGAUGUUUUCAGUAGCGAUGAUCCCGAUGGGUUGUUAGAAUUUAAACAUGAUGAACUAGAAGAAUUAGAACAGCAAAUUACGAUCAGUUCAGUAACUGGACUUUCGAUUUCUGUCUAUUUAUAUAAGUAA